AUGCUGGCUGUCGACUUCCAGCCGAUGGUGACGCCAUUAGCCAUCACAAUCGCCGUCGCAGUUUUCACCACUCUGAUUUACAUCUUCAACACCAAUGGUCUCUCCAACUUACAAAGGCUUGUCACCCGCAAGCCCCUCGCAGAGGACGAGAUCGUCAGCAUGCGCGUCUAUCCCAUCAAAUCAUGCCGUGGCUUUGAAGUCCAGUCCGCCAAAAUGCUGCGCACUGGGCUCGACAUGGACAGGAACUGGAUGUUUGUCACCAAUUCCAAUGGGGAGUUCAUCACGAUCCGCACCAAUUCUCGCAUGACUCUCAUCCGCACUGGUUGGGACGAGGAGACCGACAGCCUUACCAUCUCCAUUAAGGACAGCGAUGCGAAAGUCACCAUCCCGGCCCAUCCAACCCCGGAAUGGCUCGACGCAAACACCAACUUGCGCAAGGUUGUCAUUUGGAGUGAGGAGACCGAUGGGUGGGAGUAUAACUCUGAAAUCUCACAGCCAUUUGCAGACCUCUUAGAUAUGGACAUCCGUCUCGUCUAUAAGGGCCCUACCCGACGCAUCCUCAAGGGUUGCGCGACCCCGGAACGCCUGGGUAGGACGGAAGCGACCAAGUUCGCCGACAUGAUGCCUGUCUUGGUCGGCACCAUGGCAAGCGUGAACGAGCUCAAUGAGCGCCUUCGCAGCCAGGGUGAACCCGAACUCACCAUCGAGCAUUUCAGGCCAAACAUCAUCCUCCGUGGUCAGCAGCCGUGGUCCGAGGAUAACUGGAAGACGCUGCAGAUAUCCGGCGAAAAUUCGACUCUGUCACUGAAUGUGGUCUGCAGGUGCCUCCGCUGCCAGGUCCCGAAUGUUGAUCCAGACACGGCGGAGAAGCAUCCCCGACGACCCUGGAACGAGCUCAUGAAAUACCGCCGUAUUGAUCAAGGUCUCAAGUUCAAGCCUAGUUUUGGCAUGCUCUGUGCGCCCAAGGAUGAGGGGAUGGUCAAAGUUGGCAUGAAAAUGUCGGUUAUGGAGACGACGGACAAGCAUUUCUUUAUUAGCCCAAUGAAAUAA